UAUUUAGAAAUUGAGAGCUGUUAUACCUUUGUCAGUAUUUAUUUUGUUAAUCCUUUAAAGAUAAAAAAAAUGUAAAAUUCUAGUUUAAACCUUUGUUAAAAAUGUGUGACAAUGAUGCAAAUAAGCGUUCGAUAUAAAUAUGUCCUUCUGGCUUGUGUGGCAUUGGCAGUGCUCCUGAUUUUAUUUAAAAACCUGCCGAACGAAGCUCUAGACGGAAGUGGAAGGUCAGAAACUACCAGGUGGAAAUUCCCAGAGGAUUUAGAUCAUGCCAACUACCUGCUUAACGAAGCCUAUAGGAAAAUUGAGACACUCGAAGGGAAGAUCAUUUCACUCGAAGGCAGAGUGCCAAAAACUUAUCCUGACGUAAACUUCCUGAAUUAUUUAAAAAGGAAAAGGAUCCUGGUGACAGGUGGAGCAGGUUUUGUGGGUUCUCACCUGGUAGACUGGCUAAUGCAAGAAGGUCAUGAAGUUAUAGUGGUAGACAAUUUUUUCACAGGCAGAAAAAGAAAUGUGGAGCACUGGAUAGGCCACGAAAAUUUUGAGUUAAUUCAUCAUGACAUUGUGAAUCCACUUUUUAUUGAAGUGGAUGAAAUUUACCAUCUUGCCAGUCCUGCCAGCCCUCCACACUACAUGCAUAACCCUGUGAAAACUAUUAAGACUAAUACUUUAGGAACAAUAAAUAUUUUAGGUUUAGCUAGGAGACUGAAUGCAAAGAUACUCAUCGCAAGUACCUCAGAGGUCUAUGGAGAUCCUGAUAUACAUCCUCAACCCGAGACCUAUUGGGGUCACGUUAAUCCAAUUGGUCCACGCGCCUGUUAUGACGAAGGCAAAAGGGUAUCAGAAACCUUGACUUACGCUUAUGCCAAACAGGAAAAUAUGCAGGUCAGGGUCGCUAGGAUAUUUAACACUUACGGUCCUAGGAUGCAUAUGAACGACGGCAGAGUAGUAUCGAAUUUUAUAUUGCAGGCCCUUCAAAACGAUGUGAUAACUGUAUAUGGUUCUGGGGAGCAAACGAGGUCCUUUCAAUACGUUUCUGAUUUAGUUGAGGGUCUUGUGGCCUUAAUGGGUUCAAAUUAUUCGCAACCGAUCAAUGUGGGAAAUCCCGUUGAACAUACCAUAAAUGAAUUUGCGUCAAUAAUAAAAAAUCUAGUGGGUGGUCACAGUAAAAUCAUACACGUGCGAGAAGUGGAAGACGAUCCGCAAAGAAGGAGACCAGAUAUUAGUAGAGCCAAAAAGUACAUCGGGUGGGAACCUAAGGUCGAUCUCAAUACUGGUCUGCAUAAAACUGUGGAGUACUUUAGACAAGAAUUGAAAAGGUUUAAAUACUCCCAUAGUAACAAAUUCAAGAUCAAAAAGCCGAGCUAGGGAAGAAGACUUAAUGCACUGUUGUUGGUUACACCCUGUAUAUAGUGUUGUUUUCUUAUUGUUGAUUCUGUUUGUUGUUAUGGAAGCGACCCUUUCGAAGAACGGUUUGGCGGAGGUUUGUGAUUUUUCGCUUAGAGAUAAGUAUUUAUAACAAAAAAGUAUAGACCGCAGUUCAAAAUCAGCCAACACUAACUACAAAAAUGUGUUUUUUUUUAGUUUUAUUGCUACAAGCCAGAAUAUUGUUUUUUUUUCUGAAAACUGUAUUUUUUAUAUAUUUAUUAUUUGGUUUCGUACGGAACCUGGAGAAACGUUUUUAAAUUGACAUUUCCAUAUUUUCAAUGUUUGUAUAGUUAUAUUUAUUUGCCUUAUUGUUGUAAGUAUAUAUUUUUAAAAUAAACUGACAAAAUAAAUA